AUGAAAGUGAAGGUCCUGUGCCGAAACCCGGAUGAUUAUGUCCGCGAAACGACGAAAGAUGUGCAGCGUGUUCCCAGAAAUUAUGACCCGUCGCUGCACCCUUUCGAGGUGCCGAGGGAGUACACACGGGCUCUGAACGCCACCAAGCUGGAGCGUGUGUUCGCCAAACCCUUCGUAGCCUCCCUGGAUGGCCACAGGGAUGGGGUCAACUGCAUGGCCAAGCACCCCAGCAGCCUGUCCACGCUGCUCUCUGGAUCCUGCGAUGGCGAGGUCAAAGUGUGGAACCUGCCAACACGCAAGUGUGUGCGAACACUGCAGGCACACGAGGGCUUUGUGCGGGGGAUGUGCGUACGCUUCUGUGGGGCGUCUUUUUUCACGGUGGGUGAUGACAGGACCAUCAAGCAGUGGAAGAUGGACACCCCCGGAUACGGCGAGGAGGAGGAGCUUUUGAACACCAUCCUGGGAAAGACUGUGCUAACCGGCAUUGACCACCACCAGAAGGAGAGCUUGUUCGCCACCUGCGGCCAACAGGUGGACAUCUGGGAUGAGCAGAGGAGCAGCCCCAUCCGCACCUUCACCUGGGGGGUGGACAGCUUCAGCUGCGUCCGCUUCAACCCUGUGGAGACCGAGCUCCUGGCCAGCUGUGCUUCAGACCGUAGCAUCGUGCUCUACGACAUGAGGGAGGCCAACCCCCUGAAGAAGGUGAUUAUGAGUCUGCGGAGUAACACACUGUGCUGGAAUCCCAUGGAAGCGUACUACUUCACCUGUUCAAAUGAAGAUUAUAACCUCUACACGUUCGACAUGCGGCGGCUGGACACCCCCGUGACGGUUCACAAGGACCACGUCUCUGCCGUGCUCGACCUGGACUACUCGCCGACGGGGAGGGAGUUCGUGUCGGCCAGCUUCGACAAGACCAUCCGGAUAUUCCCCAAAAACAUGGGCCACAGCAGAGAGGUGUACCACACCAAGCGCAUGCAGCAUGUCAUCUGUGUCCGGUGGUCCCUGGACAGCAGGUACAUCAUGGCCGGCUCGGACGAGAUGAACAUCCGCCUGUGGAAGGCCAACGCGUCGGAGAAGCUGGGGGUGCUGACGCCCAGGGAAAAAGCCGCUCAAAACUACAGCCAGAAGCUGAAGAGCAAGUUCCAGCACCACCCGCAGAUCCGCCGCAUCGCCCACCACCGACACCUGCCCAAGGGCGUGUACCUGCAGAAGAAGGAGCUGCAGGUCAUGACGGCAGCCCGCCGUAGGAAGGAGAGGAACGUGAAGAAGCACAGCAAGCCGGGUUCCAUCCCCACUGUGGCCGAGAAGGAGAAGAAUAUCGUGGCUGUGGUCAAGUAAACACCCCCAUAACCCCCCCAGGCGUCCCCCCACGGAGAUGGACAGCAGCCACUGGUGUGGAAUACGCUUUCCUCUCCAGACUCUUUCUGCGAGGAUUCCCAGUCCCCCCCACCACCACCACCACCAGAAUUUGGAAGAAUUCCUGUUUUUCUUUUCACCAACUGCUAAAGAUUUGCUGGGUUCUGUGUCCCCCCUAUUUCUGUAAGGGCUCUUUUGACUCUGUUGCUCUCUCAGUGGAUGGGCUAGUGGUGGGGGGGGGACUGGACAUGUCAUGAAACAGACCAGCUCCUCGAAAGUGCGUAUAAUUCAUCGAAGAAACUGAACACUGACCCUGGGGGUAAUGGGUAUACGGAUCUCCUUGCAGGGUACAUAUCGCAUGCAAAUGCUGUAACCCUAUUCCCUCUCCGCUGGCAUAUUGCUGACCUGUUUGUUUGUUUUUAAAUCUUGUAAUAAAACUUGACUAUAAAUGAACUCAA